AUGAGGAUUAACGUGCGCAUAGCUAAGAUACUUGGAGCGGUAGGUAUUCUACUCGUCACCGCAUCUGUGUUGAUAUAUGGCACUGGAAUAAGCUACAAUCCCUCCAUGCGGACGUUGCAUGGGAGUGGCAACAACAAGGGUAACAUAUACCGGACGGUUACCGAGCAGGAAGUGGCGCCUAUGAAGCGUGAAAAGGCGACAUUUGUGACACUCGCCCGUAACAGUGACUUGUACACUUUGCUGGAGUCGAUUAUGAGCGUGGAGGACCGUUUCAACCACAAAUUCAAGUACGAUUGGGUAUUUUUAAACGACGAAGAGUUCACGGACACCUUCAAAGCCUUGACCUCGGCGCUCGUCAGCGGUAACACCUAUUACGGGAAGGUCCCCAAGGAGCAUUGGUCCUUCCCGGAAUGGAUUGACCAGGACCGCGCAGCACGCGUGCGCCAGAUGAUGGCCGAAAAGAAUGUCAUCUACGGAGACUCAAUAAACUACCGGUUCAUGUGUCGAUAUGAGUCCGGGUUGUUUUACAGACAUGAGCUAUUGCAGCCUUAUGACUACUACUGGCGUGUGGAGCCGGAAGUGCGCUUCUUCUGCGAUGUGGACUACGACGUUUUCCGGUUCAUGCGCGAUAACAAUAAGAAGUACGGCUUCACGAUCUCGAUCCAUGAGUACCCUGCGACCAUUGAAACUUUGUGGGAGGAGACCCGCAAGUUCAUGGAGAAGCACCCCGAGCACGUUCACCCCAACAACAUGAUGGACUUCAUAUCCGACGACAACGGCCUGAGCUAUAACAUGUGCCACUUCUGGUCUAACUUUGAGAUCGGCUCGUUGGAAUUCUUGCGGAGCAAGGCAUACUCGGAUUACUUUGAUUCCUUGGAUCAGGCGGGUGGUUUCUUCUAUGAGCGCUGGGGCGACGCACCGGUGCACUCCAUUGCCGCUGCGCUCUUUUUGGACCGCAACGAGAUCCACCACUUUAACGACAUUGGCUACUUUCACCCUCCAUUCCAGCAGUGUCCGAUUGAUGAGACUUUCCGGAAAGAACAUCGCUGCGCGUGCAACGCAGACAAGGAUUUCACUUGGAAUUCCUUCUCUUGUGGAUCGAAGUUCUACGAUGUGAAUAAAAUGAAAAAGCCGGCUGGGUGGUACGAUUACGUCUCGAGAAACCCUUAG